UCCUGCCGGGCGGCGGGGCGGGGCCAGGGCGGUCGCGUGACUGGCGGCGGGGUCACGUGACGCGGCCGACCGGGCCUCCAAGAUGGCGGUGUGCGUGGCGGUGAUCGCUAAGGAGAAUUACCCUCUUUACAUCCGCAGCAUCCCCACCGAGAAUGAGCUGAAAUUCCACUACAUGGUGCACACGUCCCUGGAUGUGGUGGACGAGAAGAUCUCUGCCAUGGGGAAGGCCUUGGUGGACCAGAGGGAGCUCUACCUGGGCCUGCUCUACCCCACAGAGGACUACAAGGUCUACGGCUACGUGACCAAUUCCAAGGUGAAGUUUGUCAUGGUGGUGGAUUCCUCCAACACGGCGCUUCGAGACAAUGAGAUCCGCAGUAUGUUCCGGAAGCUGCACAAUUCCUACACGGACGUCAUGUGCAAUCCCUUCUACAACCCCGGGGACCGCAUUCAGUCCAGGGCCUUCGAUAGCAUGGUGACGUCCAUGAUGAUCCAGGUGUGCUGAGCGGGGGCCCUGUGGACAUAACCGUGUUACUCAGAUGGGUGUUCAUGACCUUUCACCUGUUUCCGAGCAUCGUGGACAUGCUGCCUGGGGGCAGGGUCUCAGGCAUGGUGCGUGCAGACUAAAGGUCCUCUGAGAUUGGA